AUGCCACCACAUAUGGAUAAGUUGAAGGAUCUCCACACAUUGAGUGACUUUGUUGUUGGCAAACAAACUGCACCUAGCAUUGUAGUGUUGAAAGAGCUUCAGAUAGUAGGUACACUUGCUAUUUCAGGGCUUCAUAAUAUAGUGAAUUCUGAGGAUGCUUUUGUUGCCAAUAUGAGAAAUAAGCACCUUGACGGACUAGCUUUGACAUGGGGAGCUGAGACCGAUGAUUCACAAAAAGAUAGAGAGGUGCUUAAUAAUCUCCAGCCUCAUACACACCUGAAAGCCCUCAGUCUUAAGUUUUUAUGGGGGUACAAGAUUUCCGGAUUGCUACCCUCCCUCGUCACGCUUUAUGUUUGUGGGUUAAAUGAAGUGGAGACGAUAGGGCCUGAGUUUUAUGGUAAUGGUGUUUCUGUUGUUAUGCCAUUUAGAUCUCUAUCAGUUUUAUUCUUCAAAGAUAUGUUGGGAUGGCAAGAGUGGUCUCAUUUCGGAAGUAGCCAAGAAGGUGGAGCUUUUCCUCAUCUUUGUCAGCUCUAUCUGACAAAUUGUCCCAAGCUAACACAGAAAUUACCUGAGUAUCUUCCAUCCUUGACUACACUUGAGAUAAGGAGAUGCGAGCAACUUCUGGGUUCACUUCCAAGAACUCGGGCCAUUUUGGAGAUUCCUUCUGUGAAAGACAACCUUUGUCUUGAAGAGAAAACUAGCGGUACUAACUCAUCUCUUACUCCAUUUCCUUGUGACGGUCUGGCUGAUGCUUUAAGAGUUCUUAAAAUAAAAAACUGUUGGAACUUAUCUCCACUAAAUUACUGCUAUGCAUUCCUUAAAACAUUGAAGAUAAAGAGUAGCUGUGAUUCAACCACAUCUAUCCCGCUGGACUACUUCCCAAAUGUUAAAGAGCUCAAAUUAUAUGACUGUAGGAAUCUGGAAUCCCUUACUUAUUCCCAGGAUUCUGAAAGCCCUACAAUCCUGUCCCUCAGUUCCUUGAGAAUAUUUAAUUGCCCAAAUUUUAUAUCUUUUCCUGAUGGAGGACUGUACGCCCCCAACUUGAUAGUGCUUAAUAUAUCUGAAUGUGAUAAAUUGAGGUCAUUGCCAGAACAUAUGUGCACCAGUCUCUCAUCUCUUCAGGCUGUAAUCCUAGAGUAUUGUUCUGAACUAGAGUCAUUUCCUGAAGGGGGACUGCCUUCAAAUUUGGAUAUGCUGCGUAUCUUUGGAUCCAAAAAACUCAUUGCCAACCGCAUGCACUGGGGUCUGGAUAGGCUCAUCUGUCUCAGAUACUUGGCCUUCAGCUUUGACGAAUGUGAAGACGUUGUAUCAUUUCCAGAGGAGGGGCUUCUGCCUACCAUUUUGACUACUCUCUGCAUCUUCAAUAGUCCAAAUCUUAAGAUCCUGGACUCUAAGGGUUUUCAAAACCUCACCGCUCUUCAACAUUUGUUCAUUGAUGGGUGUAAUGAGCUUGAAUGCUUGCCAGAAGGCCUUCCCACUUCUCUUUCUCAUUUGGAUAUCAAUAAAUGUCCUUUGCUGACACAAAGGUGCCAGAAUGAGAUAGGGGAAGAUUGGCCAAAGAUUUCUCACAUCACUCGUGUAACCGUUGAUGGGCUCGAUUUCAUAAACUGA